AUGGAUCAGCAGUGGGCUGCCUACUCCGAAGCGCCGGAUGCCAGCCGCCAGGCGCGGUAUGCUCCACUUGGGACGACCCCCUCACAACACACUCAGCGAGACGCCGCCGCGCCUGCGCAACCCAAGCAGAACCCGUACGCAUCGCCCGCCGCGCCCUCGCGCUCCAGCACCAUAGCGCUGCAGUCACCCAGCCAGCCAAGCAGCCGCGGGCCUGACUUCAGCGCAAACGCAAACGACGGCGACGGCGACGGCGACGUCCCGAUGGAGGACGCCGACCCCUACAAGCCCAAGUACAACACGCAGCGCCCAGGCCACCAGCACCGCCAUUCGCAGCAGUUCCUGCAGCAGGAGGAGAGCGCCGCCGCUCGCAGGUACUCGCCCAUGAACAUGUCGCCCACCUCGCCCUACCCAAGCACCUCGCAGCACGGCGGUCAGAACUACACGAGCUUCACCCCGCACGUCCAGAGCACCAGCAACAGAGGGAGCCCCACGCGCAACAACCCUUACAUGUCGCCGCCGAACAGCUACUACUCUCCGCCCUCAUCACGCCCGAACGCACCCCAGCUGCCACCCAUCCAGUCCAACAUGAGCCCCGAGAGCUUUUAUCCGCAAUCUGCGACCGCGCAGUUGAACGCCGUCUACAACAGGGACCAGCGCUCCCCACGCACCUCUGCGAACCCCAACCCCAACCCCCCGCAGCUGCCCUCAGCAGGGCACGGGCCCGUGCCUCAGUUCGAGAAAUGCGCAAGCACCGCCGACCUGAAACCCAAGAUCAACGCCCAGCCUCCGUUUCGUCGUGCGAAUCCAGAGGGCGGCUUCAUCAGCCCUCUACAAGCGCUUACAUGCCACCUGCCCACCACCUAUAAACUUUGCAACACCGGCUUCAACUACCAGGCCACCCGCAACCCGCGUCGAGUCCUCACCAAGCCCAGCAAGGGAGUCAAAAACGAUGGGUACGACAACGAGGACAGUGACUACAUCCUCUACGUCAACGACAUAUUGGGCUCCGAGGAGUCCGGACACAAGAACAGAUACCUCAUUCUCGACGUGCUGGGCCAGGGAACGUUUGGUCAGGUCGUCAAAUGUCAAAACCUGAAGACGCAGGAAGUGGUCGCAGUAAAGGUCAUCAAGAACAGGACCGCAUACUUCAACCAGAGUAUGAUGGAGGUGUCCGUACUCGACCUGCUGAACAAGCAAAUGGACAAGAACGACGACCACCACCUCCUGAGACUGAAAGACACCUUCAUCCACAGGCAGCAUCUGUGCCUGGUAUUCGAACUGCUGAGCGUCAAUCUCUACGAGCUGAUCAAACAGAACCAAUUUCGCGGACUGUCAACGACUCUGGUGCGUGUCUUUGCACAGCAGUUGAUCAAUGGUCUUGCUCUGCUGGGAAAGGCCAAACUCAUACAUUGCGAUCUGAAGCCAGAGAACAUUCUCUUGAAAAACCUCGAGAGUCCCAUCAUCAAAAUCAUCGAUUUUGGUUCCGCAUGCGACGAGCGACAGACUGUCUACACAUACAUCCAGUCACGAUUCUACCGAUCACCCGAAGUGCUGCUAGGUCUACCAUACUCUGCGGCGAUUGACAUGUGGUCGCUGGGCUGUAUUGUUGUGGAGCUGUUCCUUGGUCUGCCUCUAUUUCCAGGGUCUUCUGAGUACAACCAAGUCUCCAGAAUCACGGAGAUGCUUGGCCUUGCACCACAGUGGAUGCUGGAAAUGGGCAAGCAAUCUGGUGAAUUCUUCGAAAAGACCCAAGAUGAGUACGGACGUAAGAACUACCGGCUUAAGCCCAUGGAGCAGUACUCGCGGGAGCACGGCACAAAGGAGCAGCCCAGUAAAAAAUACUUCUCGGCGACGACGUUGCCGGACAUCAUCAGGAACUACCCCAUGCCGAGGAAGAACAUGAAACCGAAUGAGAUCGAGCGAGAAAUGGCUAACCGGGCCGCUUUCAUCGACUUUGCCCAAGGCCUUCUCAAUCUCAAUCCUCUCGAACGAUGGACACCUGCUCAGGCGAAGCUGCACCCUUUCAUCACCCAAGCGAAGUUCACCGGUCCGUUCGUGCCUCCGAUGACCUUAAAGUCCAGUUCGAGCCGCUCACCAGCCCCUGGUGUGCAAGAGCAGCAGCGCUUCGAGGGCAUGGCGAAGCAGCGUGCUCAGCAGCAACAGCAAGCUCUUGCCGCGCAGCAAGCACAAGCAGCUCAGAAUGCUGCAUACGCAAACAUGCAGAUGGGUCAGUACGCCGCGCAGCCUCCGCAUGUUCAACCGAACCCGUACAACAACAUGUAUGCGCCAAACCAACAAGGUGCUCCUCCACCUUAUCCCGCGCAAGCAGCGCCGUACGGUCAGCAGGUACCAGCAAUGCAGCCGCAGCAGCCUCGGCAGUAUGCUCAACCCCAGAACCUGUACGCCCAAGCAACGACGCGUGCUGGGCGGCAACGGGCUUCCACCAUGGAUCAACAACAAGCCACCCCGUCUGGUAUUCCGCCAGCUCUGCAAAGGGUCAUGAGUCAUCUGGAUCCAAAUGCACCAGUCCGGUUACAGCCGUCGCCUGCAUACUACCCUCCGCCUCCGGAAGGUGCUCCAGAAAGUGCAAGCAGCGCAAGACGGAGGGGUUCUCGUACAGGCAACUCCCAGCGGAACCAGAACUUUGUCCGUAAUCUGGAAGAUCGAACUCUCGAAGAGGGAUUCAUGCAACAACCCCAUUGGCAAUGA